ACACAUUGGCGGAGAAGAAAGCCGAAGCUGGAGUACCGUCUCUGUGUAAGAAGAAAAGUCUACUUCAAAAAUACCUGAGGUGCAGUUUCACGCUCCAAAAUAAACUCUCGGUCAAGAUCGACGAAUGUAGGGCUCUUGAUUCAUUUUCGCAGUGUUUCAUGGAAGCCCGAGCAGACAACGAGUGCACAUACACGGACGACAGCUUCACCUCGAUUAUGCAGAUGCAGACGGAGUUAAUGACUGACACCCUUAGGUCUCACUGCACGCAGAAGUACGCCGACUUGAAUGUCUUGCUGAAAUGCGCUCAACCCGACGCGCUGAAGAAGAUGCUUCUUUGUGGCCUUUCUUAUAACAAGCUCAUGGAAGAUUUGAAGAGACAAGGGGAGUUCUACGUCACGUCGACGACAUGCAGUUACUUAGCGGAAUACCAGCACUGCAUGAUCGAUGUCGAGAGGACCACUGGCUGCACGAAGUCUACGCUUCACGAGCACACGUCGGCUAUAUUGAAUUUCUGGACUUGGAACGUGGCUCCACUGUGUGAAAGUGCCGCUUCUCUUUUGCUGACAGACGUCGAUCCCAAAUGUGACUACCCAAAAGCACUCCUAAAGGCCCUCCAAUGUACCAUAGAAUUUCAGGAGUUCGCUGAGCAAGCUACGUGGGACACGAUGACGUCAGCCGAAUCUUGCUCGUCUCUGGAAAUGCUCGACAAAUGUCUGAUACACUCUCUGGACAAUGGACAGUGCAAGCACAGCCUGAAUGCCAAGGCUCAAGUGUCCGUGCUGAGGUCGUUACUGAUGGCCGAGUACAAAGUGACCUGCCGCAAAGUAUACCAGUCGGCCCCAGGAAUGUCUGAGAUGCAGCCGGACGACUACGUAUACGAAGAUUACUACUACUUUGGCGACGAAGUUGUGCGCACGAGGUCCCCAGAAAAGAGGCCGGACAACUUGCUCGAGGAGCAGUUCAGUAACGGAACGAGGAUUGCUCCAAGUGCCCGCUUGAAACUGCGCGAUCAUUUCGAGAGGAUCUACAACAAGGUGCGUGGGUUCGGGCUUGACAAGUUAUUGAACAAAGACAGACGUGAUCCGCAGCCUUUCAACGUGCUAGUAGCCACCACGACCACCGCAUUCAAUAUGACGAACUCCAGCGACGAACAACAACCCCAAUCGCCGAUGACGGGUCUGGUCAUUCCGGUUCUGGACAACGACGACGGACUGUGCAACAUGGCUGGGUACGAGAAGGAAAAGCAACGCUGCAGUCAGUAUAUAUCUGACCAAGCCAGGAAGUACAAACGAAACGUCAAGUAUAUACCGGUGUCCAAUCUCCGAGACGUCGCCGACAACGUAUGCAAGAUGGUGGACCUCUACCGUGCCUGCAUGAGCGAAGUAGCUGAGCGCAAUAAGUGUCUGGUGAUGCUCGCCAAUACGCCACGGAUAGUCGAGAACGAGCUGAUCAAACUUGGCCUGACGUUUUGCACUACUGCUACGAUCGGGUCAGGAUGCCAGCCUCGGUACAACGCCGGUACAGUCGCCGUCGUAUUCCUGUGCAGCCUGAGUUUGCGGAUCCAAAAUUGGUAAUAAAUAUCAA